UCGAGGAUUUGGAUUUUGCCUUUCGCAGCACAAAAAAGAAGAAAAAUCUCAAAUCUCACACAUAUAGUAGAAAAAAAGCGCAGCAGUGAAAAUGAUAUGGGGAUAAUGUGGUAAAAGGAAAACGCGAAAUAUGGCAAGGGUUCGCGUGCAAGAAAUAUAAUAGUAUCCAGGAUGCAUUAUUGUUAAUCAAUUUUUGAAAAGCUUCGAGUGAAUUUCACGGAAAUCAAUGUAAAAUCAAAGCAAAACAAUUUUCGCAAAAACACGCUCGGAGAAACGCGAGGAGAAAAAUAUUUUUAGUGGCAAGCAAAAAUUUGUAUGUACUCGUUGCUCCUAAAUACAUACAUACAUACAUACAGACUGUGUGAUUGCUGCUGCCUGCUGAUGAUGUUUCUACUGUCAGUGUAGAACGGUGGGAGUGUGUGGGAUUGUGUGUUUUCGUGAGUGUGUGUUUGUGUGUGUGUGUGCUUGUUAAAAUAUGAACGGAAGCGCACACGAAAAAAAUGAUAGAUACCUUAACGCUAACCAACACCAACAACGACAAGAUUAAAAGGAACUGUGUUGAACAAAUGGCUGCAUUGUGAUGAUAAACAUGCGACCAAAUCUAUAAUGAAGAACAAAUCUAGAACCAAGUGCAAUUAAAGGCUAGCAGAAGUGCCAUACAAUAACGACCACAGGUAUCAGUGCUGUCAACAACAGCAACAAAGCAUACAUAAACAUACAUUCAUAUACAAAAGUAGCGAGCGAAUGAACAUAGAACGGGGGAAAAAUCACGCAUACGCCCCACCAGCCAGCCGACCAAUAAACCAAGCAAAUCGACCGACCGAUCGACCGACCUCGCGACCUCGCCGCGCCUUCCACUGUUAAACAAAACGUUCCACUAUGCCAAAUGCGUGUUAAUGUGUAUGGUGUGUGUGUACGCGCAAGUGUUUGUGUAAUGACUAGCCACAAGAAAUAAAUAAAAUUAAACUAAAAGCAGAAGCUUCCAAUUUCGUAACGCUGAUAAAAAAAAAUGUGCGCGAUUACUGUAGAGUCCAAAAAAGCGCUGGCCAACUCAAAUUUGUGGUUGUUUAUCAAUCGCUGCAUUACAAACUAAUUCAACAUCAACAAUAAUAAAAUAUGUAAAUGGUGGCGCUGCUUUCACCAACAAACACAGCCCGCACCACACCUGCCCACGCUCAAUCUAUCUAGCUAUCCAGGCUAAGCAGGCAGGUUGUCCAGAAGGAGGUGAGAAGAGCGCGAAUUUAGUGGCAUACCAUGUCGUGACAAGCAACAACAACGACAACAACAGCAACAGCAGCAACAACAACAACAAUACACAUUAAUGUACAUUCUUAUUUUCUUUGAUAAUUGUGCUAGAAUAUAAUCAAAGUUUUGCGCAUGCAACAACAGGAACAGCAGCAACAACAACAAAAAAUAGCUCUAUACUACAAAGCACAUGUACAAGUAAAACAAAAAAACAAAAAAUAAUAAUAGUACAGUAAAAUUCCUAAAGAAAAAAACGAAAAUCAAGAGCAUCAAUUGAGCGGAAAAGUCAUUGAGUAUUCAAUAAAAAAAUUUAGUGAAAAACAUAAAUACGUAACGGUGGUGCUCUUCUCUAGAGAGCGCGCAAGGGCGCCAACUGCUGCCUGACUGCUCUGCCCAAUUGCCAUUGUUGUUGUCGUUGUUGUCAAGAGUGGGAGUGGAAGUAGAAGUGAGAGUGGAAGUAGACGAGAGAGCGGCAGUGCGAGAGUGGGAGCAGGGCAACGGUAGGUCAGUGGCAGUCGAAGAAGCAGCAGCAGGCAGCAACGACGACGCCAACGACCACGCGCCGCCAAUUGGCGCUGCGUCAACUUCAACAUUGAAAGGGCAGCAUGUCCUGCAUCGUUUCUGAGCUACCAACUGGUUGUCGGCUGCGCGGCAUGACUGCCUCCUCACAAAGCACUGCUAGCAACGGCGCCAAUAGCGGCAAUGGCAAUGGUAACGGUAACGGGAACGGUGGUAAUCCCGGCGGCGCAUCUGGAGCAGCAGGUACGAACAGUGGAAGUGGUGGGGGCAAGCACGGUGCAAAUAGUCCAAUCGGCACAACUACAACGUUACCUGGUGGUGCAUCGAAUGUGCUGCAGGAAUCGAAUGCCCCGCUCCAGCGUCCGCAAUCACAGAAGCCGUGCUGUUUUUGCUGGUGCUGCUGCUGUUCCUGUUCCUGGGCUAAAUGUCUUGCCAUCAAAAAUGCCGAUGAAAAUGCGCCGACCAAACGUGAUCUCGUUAGUGCUGAAUUCUUAGAAGGCGACCAGCCCACUUUAGAAGAGAUAAGAAGCUGGGGCAAGAGCUUUGACAAACUAAUGAAAAAUUCAAAUGGACGCAAAGUCUUCCGUGACUUUCUGCGGAGUGAAUUUAGCGAGGAGAACAUACUUUUUUGGUUAGCCUGUGAAGAUCUCAAAAAGGAGAAUAGUGCCGAAGUGGUGGAGGAGAAGGCGCGCUUGAUAUAUGAGGAUUAUAUAUCGAUACUGUCGCCUCGUGAGGUGUCCCUGGACUCGCGCGUGCGUGAGAUUGUGAAUCGGAAUAUGAUUGAACCAACGACGCACACCUUCGACGAAGCUCAAAUACAAAUUUAUACACUAAUGCACAGAGACUCAUAUCCGAGAUUCCUAAACUCUCAAAAGUUCAAGACACUCGCUCAAUUGCAAGACAAUUCGAAUGCUGGUUCCAAGGCGGACAGUCCGACUUAGAUUUUAUAUAUUUUAUGAAUAACUGUAUUAUUUUAUUAUUUAGAGCUAUUUCAUAGCUGCAUAGCAUUGAUUAUCUUCUCAGAGCUACGCAAGUAGUACGGGAGUAUGUUUUAUGUUUUGUUCUCAUUUGUGAUCGUUAGAGCGCUGCUGCAGUUGACUAAGCAAUAUGACUUAAUACCUCUUUUCCAUUUUGAUUGCGUUUCGUGAACUUAGUACAAUACAAAUACAAAUACCAAUAGCAAGAGGAGAGUAAUUAGUUAUUGAUUAGCAGCAACCCAUAAAUAAACAUUAGUCGAUAUGCGUUAUGUGAAACGGAUUCCUUCUUUACUAUGUUCUAGUCGUUAACAAGGCUUAGGAAAACCAAAGAGUAAUGUACUUAACUAGAAGAUUUAUAUUUAACAAAAUAAAACAAAACAAAAUUAGUUGAUAAACACAAAA